AUGGCUGCAACAAUGUUCUAUCUGAUAGAAGAGAAAGAUGAAAUGGAGGAAUUUAAACUGCCUUCGAUUGGGGAAGUCCUUGCCCAAGCCCAGGUCCAGGUCCAGGUCCCAGUCCCAUGCCGACGACGAGCACCAGUAGCAGUACAAAUCGAAAUAAAGGCCCCCUAUCCCGAAACUACCACGUCUAGAUUUAGACCCAGACCAGUUUCCAACAUAGCUCCCACGUCACCAUUAAGCGAUGUACAUAGCAUAACUGAAUCGGUCGGUUCGAUUUCAGUCACUGAUACAACAGGUAGUUCGGAUUUCACAUUGGAUGAAGAAAAGAAGAAGACGCCAAGAACGCCGAAGAAAGAGAUUAUUAGCGAAAGGGUGGCAGGAGCUUUGGACAAGUGUCGAAUAAGUGGCAGGUGCUCCGUACACAUUAUCGUUGCUCUGUUGCUAGAAUUACGCCUCAAUCCGAAGGACUACAACGUCAGCUUAAGUACAAUUUCCAAUCGAAGAAAUGCCAUUAGGAAAGCUGUAUACGACAAUGUCAAAGAUACGUUGCAAGUACCUAGGGGAGCCAUUGUCCACUUCGAUGGAAAGAUAAUGGACGCUAUCACUGGCAAAGGACAAGUUGAUCGUUUGGCUGCCAAAGAGACUUACAAGGAUAUCGAUCAGUUAAUAGGAGUUUCAAUAGCAAAUGAUGGUACUGGGCUGGAAAUUGCAGCUGCGGUGUAUCAAUGCUUGAAUGAUUGGAAGCUAACGGACUCGAUCGAUGGUUGCUGCUAUGACACAACAAGUUCGAAUACUGGAUUAGACAAUGGUGGCGGUAAUGAAGGUGGUUCAACUGGUACUGGUGGUACAACUGGUACGACAUUUCGAGCUACGAUUGACAACAAUGUUCCACGAAAGUGUGAACGAUUACACGGCAAGAUUAAAGAAGCUGUCGAGAUAUUGUGGCUUCGGCGAUUAUUUUAA